AUUACUUCCUUAUGCUAUUGAAAUCAGACACUAAAGAGAAAAGAAGAGACAAAAAAAUCUACGAAAAACUAUGCAAACUAUUUGCAAGAAAUACUCGUUUUGCAUAUUAUAUGCAAUUUAGCGAUUAAUUUAAUACUAAUAAUAAUAAUAACAUUUCCAUUGAUAACACGUUUGGCUAUUAGUUUGGAGUAAUGGGUUUAAUUUGUUGCUGUUUUAGACCUAAUUUUUGGCGAUCAAAGCGGACUCGUUUGGCCACUGAUGAGAAAAAUGUGUCCAUCAAUGCCGUUGGCGAGACUGUCACCGAUGGCAACACAAUAUUGGAUUCAUCGCAAUACCGGACGCCUACAGUCGGUCUAAGCGAACAAAACCGAUUUGAUCUAACCGUUCAAAAAAUGGCCGCAAAGAUGAUCAAUAUAUCGGCAAAUAGUGAGACAGUACCGCAACACUUCUGGAGAGAGCGCCAGAAAACUUACGCUAAAAAACUAUUGAAUAUCCGGAGUCCACUUCCUCUUAGGUCUAAAACUAAGAAGAAUAAAACAUCUAAUGUGUCAAUACAGCAAAGAUGUGCCUCAAUGACUGGCAUAAGUAGUGAUGAAAUCGAUUUAAUCAACAAAUAUAGCCAAUUGUCCAGCGAUGCCGUCGCUAGAAGUUAUCAUCACUGGUCUGAUGAACCAAUUGUUGUUGAAUUUAACCCAAAAUAAAACAUCAAAACUUUAUAUAAUUAAAUUUUAUCACAUCUCAAACAAUAGCAAAGUUUAUAUAAAAAUUAUAACAAAAUAAAUUAAUAUGAAUUAACUAAAUUUAUUCAAU